CUCUUGCUUCCCCCCCUCCUCCCCCCUCCUCAUCCUUCUCUCGCUAAUCUCCGACUGCCUUUUUCGUUCCUCCCGCCGUUGCACCCAUAAGUUCCGCGCGAUAUAUAACCAGUUCCAGCCCAGAAUCAUCCCCACCCACCACUCCGGCUUCAACAUCACUGGUGCCUUUUUCAACAAAAGCGCAAUGCCUGAUGAAUCGCUCUACCUAACUACCUACGAAACGGCGCUAGCCGUAGUGGCCACCGCCAUGAAAAAGGCCAGACUCCGUCUCGACACAUUGGUGCUAAACUCGCUCAUGGCUGGCAUACUCUUCAGCACGGGCGGUAUGCUUCACGUCAACGUCCAGGCAGGAGCUCCAGAGCUUCUCCAGCUGAAUCCCGCCUUAGUGCAGUUGCUCCAGGGCUUGGUGUACCCCAUCGGGUUGUUCUACGUGGUGGUGAUGGGUGUGGACUUGUUUAACGCCAACGUGCUCUACUUCAGCGUGGGCUUGUGUCGAGGUGCCGUGUCGGUGCUAGACCUCUGUACCAGCUGGUUUGUCACCUGGUGGUUUAACUUGGUGGCCAACAUCUUCGUUUGCUACAUCAUAUGCAACUACUCCCAUGUCACCCAGCACGAAAACUACGUCAGAGGCUCAGUGGAAAUCCUUAUGGCCAAAGCUGAGUACUCGUUCGUCGACACCAUGUUGAAGUCCAUGGCAGGUAACUUCUUCGCUGCGCUUGCCAUCUACUUGCAGUUGAUGGCCAAGCCGUUGCAUGUCAAGUUUCUCAUGAUGACAUUGCCAGUGUUCAGUUUCGUGUCCAUGGGCUUUACCCACUCGGUGGCUGAUAUGUACAUGGUGAUUAUUGGCCUCAUUAACCAUGCACCCAUCUCGGUUGGCACAGUUGCCUGGAAGAUCUUCCUUCCAGGAGUCAUCGGAAACAUCAUUGGCGGAUCGUUUUUUGGGGUGGCAGUGUGGUACUUACACUUGGUGGUGGUCGAAAGAGACCAGGCUGCUUUGAACUUGCCUGUGUACGAGGCAAGAGACGAGCAGCCAGAUUUGAACAUGGACUCUAGAGUUGUGAGGGUAAAAUCGCAUGACUAUCCCGAGGAGUUCGACGAGAAGUCCAGGCUCGACGAAGUGCCGGAUAUGAACAACGCUUCCGGCGGCGAAAACCAAUUUCUCAGAAGAAUUUCUACCACUUUGUCCAGGGGAAGUACCCGAACUCUCAAUAAGGUGGGAAGAUCCCCCAAAAACGUUUUCCCAGUAUACGGCAUGGGUCCUCCUUUGGAAAAAGAAAACUCCGUAGCUGCAGGCCAUUAUACAACGGUUGAUGACACUUACGACAAUGAUGCGUAUUCGGCGUACACUGCGCGAGAAAACUUGGAUACCACCUCUGCAGAGUUCAUAGGAGAUCAAAUCAGGCGUGUGCUAACUCGAAGAUCCAGCAAAGCUCGAGAUUUUGAGGCAAGAAUAGAACCCUCGCUGAUGAGACGGCAGUCAAACAACCGCGAUUAUCCUCUACAGUUACAUUGA